GAGAGGGCAGCUUCCGGGAUCUGCCUGGCGGGUGCUUUGUCUCUCCUUCGCCGCAGCCGGCUCUUCCCGUUAGUCUCCGCUGCUAGUUCUUGGCUCUGGGAGGCCCAGGUGGCUCUGCAGCAGCCUCUGCCACCCUGUGACCUGCGAGUAUUGGAACAUCCCUAGCUGACGCCAGGACACCCGGGAAGCCGAGGAAUGGUGAGUGGACUGCGCCUGGCUUCCCGAAGUGGAGAAGAGGGCUGGUUGAAACCUGCUGUGGUGCGACUCGGGCUUCCACGCCAUCGGCUCCGGAACCUGCGGACCGAGUCGCCGCGGCGUAGCCGGGGCUCAGUCCUCUUCUGUUCAGGGCCGGGCCGGGCGGGGCGGGCAGCGGAACCCCUGCAUCCUGUCUGUACCUGCGGGCGCCACUUCCGCCGGCCGGAGCCCUGUCGGGAACCCCGCGCCUCCCCCACCCAGGACUCGGUGGCUUUUGAGGAUGUGGCUGUGAACUUUACCCAGGAGGAAUGGGCUUUGCUAGAUUCUUCUCAGAAGAAUCUCUACAGAGAAGUGAUGCAGGAAACCUGCAGCAACCUGGCUUCUGUAGGAAGCAAAUGGAAAGACCAGAAUAUUGAAGAUCACUUCGAAAAACCUGGGAAAGAUAUAAGAAAUCAUAUGGUACAGAGACUGUGUGAAAGCAAAGAAGGUGGUCAGUAUGGAGAAGUUGUCAGCCAAAUUCCAAAUCUUGAUCUGAACGAGAACAUUUCUACUGGAUUAAAACAAUGUGAAUGCAGUAUUUGUGGAAAAGUCUUUGUACGUCAUUCCCUCCUUAAUAGGCACAUCCUAGCUCACUCAGGAUACAAACCAUAUGGAGAGAAGCAAUAUAAAUGUGAACAGUGUGGGAAAUUCUUCGUUUCUGUUCCAGGUGUUAGAAGACACAUGAUAAUGCACAGUGGAAAUCCAGCUUAUAAAUGUACGAUAUGUGGGAAAGCUUUUUAUUUUCUCAAUUCAGUUGAAAGACAUCAGAGAACUCACACAGGAGAAAAACCCUAUAAAUGUAAACAAUGUGGUAAAGCGUUCACUGUUUCCGGUUCUUGUCUAAUACAUGAACGAACUCACACUGGAGAGAAACCCUACGAAUGUAGGGAAUGUGGGAAAACAUUCAGAUUUUCUUGUUCUUUUAAAACGCAUGAAAGGACUCACACUGGAGAAAGACCCUAUAAAUGUACCAAAUGUGAUAAAGCCUUCAGCUGUUCCACUUCCCUUCGUUACCAUGGAAGCAUUCAUACUGGAGAGAGACCCUAUGAGUGUAAACAAUGUGGCAAAGCCUUUAGUCGUUUGAGUUCCCUUUGUAACCAUAGAAGUACUCAUACCGGAGAGAAACCCUAUGAAUGUAAACAAUGUGAUCAAGCCUUCAGUCGCCUCAGUUCCCUUCACCUCCACGAAAGAAUUCAUACUGGAGAAAAACCCUAUGAAUGUAAGAAAUGCGGUAAAGCCUACGCUCGUUCCAGUCACCUUACUCGCCAUGAAAGAAGUCAUGAUAUAGAGGCUGGGUGUAGUGACUCAGCCUAUAAUCCCAGCACUUUGGGAGGCCAAGGCGUGUGGAUUGCUUGAGCCCAGGAGUUCAUAACCAGCCUGGAUUAAAACAAUGUGAAACAACCUGGGCAACAUGGUGAAACCCUGUCUUUACAAAAAAUAAAAUAAUGCCGGGCACGGUGGCUUACGCCUGUAAUCCCAGCACUUUGGGAGGCCGAGGCGGGUGGAUCAUGAGGUCAGGAGAUUGAGACCAUCCUGGCCAACACAGUGAAACCCCGUCUCUACUAAAAAUACAAAAAAUUAGCCGGGCGUGGUGGCGGGCGCCUGUGGUUCCAGCUACUCGGGAGGCUGAGGCAGGAGAAUGGCGUGAACCCGGGAGGCGGAACUUGCAGUGAGCCGAGAUCGUGCCACUGCACUUCAGCCUGGGUGACAGAGUGAGACUCCAUCUCAAAAAAUAAGAUAAAAUAAAAUAAAAAAAUAAUUAGCUGGGCAUGGUGGCACAUUGCAGUUGUCUUAGUUGUUUUUCAAGGACAUAAAAAGCCGUGCGCAGCAGGCGGGGAAGCCCUGUGCAUGUGGAUCACGAGGUCGGGAGAUUGAGACCAUCCUGGCCAACAUGGUGAAACCUCGUCUCUACUAAAAACACAAAAAUUAGUUGGGUGUGGUGGCAUAUGCUUGUAAUCCCAGCUACUCAGGAGGCUGAGGCAGGAGAAUCGUUUGAACCAGGGAGUUGGAGGUUGCAGUUAGCUGAGAUGGCGCCACUGCACUCCAGCCUGGUGACAGAGUGAGACUCCAUCUCAAAAAAGCCCUAUGCGGCUGGGCGUGGUGGCUCACGCCUGUAAUCCCAGCACUUUGGGAGGCCAAGGUGGGUGGAUCACAAGGUCAAGAGAUCGAGACCAUCCUGGCCAACAUGGUGAAACCCUGUCUCUACUAAAAAUACAAAAAUUAGCUGGGCGUGGUGGCGGGUGUCUGUAGUCCCAGCUACUCAGGAGGCUGAGGCAGGAGAAUCACUUGAACCCAGGAGGCAGAGGUUGCAGUGAGCUGAAAUUGUGCCACUGCACUCCAGCCUGGCAACAGAGUGAGACUCCGUCUCAAAAAAAAGGCCUUAUGUGUGUGAGAAAUGUGGUAAAGCAUUUACUCUUUCCCAUUCCCUCAUAAACAUGAAAGAGCUCACACUUCAGAAAACCUUAAGAAUGUAGGAAAUGUGGUCAAGCCUUCAGAUUUUCCUAUUUUGAAGAUUUGGGAGGACUCAGAGUGGAGAAGAGCCUUUUAAAUUUAAAUUUGUGUUAAGGCCUUCAGUUGUUUUAGUUCCGUUUGAAGACAUCAACUCAUUCCUGAGAAAAACCCUAUGAAUGUCCAGAACGUGGGAAUGUUUCAUUUCUCUCAUAUCUGCUCAAGGACAUGUGAAAAUGCACACUGCAGCUGAACCUUGUAAAUAGAAGAAUGUACACGGGAUUAAAACUAAUAUUUAGAAACUGCAAGAAUAUUUUCAGUUUUAACAUUUAUUUGAAAAGUCGUGAAAACUCCCACUGGAAAGAAGUUCUAUAAGUGAAGUUUUUCUAAUUUGGAAAGCCUGAUGCAAAUUAAUUAUGGUGCGGUGCUUGAAAAAAAUGUACAUGUAUGAAAUGUUACACAAGUUACAAGUAUAUUGUUUUUAUCAGUGGCUCAUUCUUAAAGAGUCUUGAGUAUGCAUUUAACCUUAUUUUGCAGGAAAACCUUGAGGUGAGAGUUCUGUAAAUGCUUUUUAAGCAGUACUUGAAUUUCAUAGUAAUGAUACUUUUUUCAGUUUGUUGGUAGAAUUUUUGUCUGUUCAUUUGAUAAUGUGCUGGAUUCAUGGUUGAAUUUUGAUGUUUUUCUAAUAUGUAGGUAAAUUUAAUUUUUUUAUUUUAUUAUUGUUUUUUUGAGAUGGAGUCUCACUCUGUUGCCCAGGCUGGAGUGCAGUGGUGCGUCUUGGCUCACUGCAACUUCUGCCUCCUGGGUUUAAGCAAUUCUCCUGCCUCAGCCUCCCGAGUAGCUGAGAUUACAGGCGCCCACCACUACGUCCAGCUAAUUUUUUGUAUUUUAAGUAGAGACAGGGUUUCACCAUGUUGGCUGGGCUUGUCUUGAACUCCUGACCUCAUGAUUUGCCCCCCUCAGCCUCCCAAAGUGCUGGGAUUACAGGCAUGAGCCACCGUGCCCAGCGGAGUAAGUUUAAUUUGUAUGUAUUGUUCUGUGAUUAAUGGACCAGUGAAUAAUGAUUGGUAAUUGUUGCGAUUUUCUUACUAGCCUCGUUUGGCAAAUUUUGGUUAUCCCUUGUCCAUUAUACACAUUCCACCUUUUUUUAUUAAAGGAAAAACUACUCUUGGUGUAAAGAUGUUUAUUUUUUGCUAAUAAUGAGUUGGUAUUCCUAAGUACAUAAAGUUUAUCAUAGAGUAUCA